CAGGAGGCCGUCGUGAGGGGCCUGAACCUCUCCGGAUUCACGAUCCCGUCCCCGGUGCAGCGCGCGGCCAUCCCGCUCGGGCGGCUCGGCGCCGACCUGGUGGUGCAGGCCAAGAGCGGCACCGGCAAGACGGUCACCUUCGGCGCCAUCCUGUGCGAGCGCGUCGACCGCUCGAGCGCGUAUCCGCAGGCGCUCGUGCUCGCGCCCACCAGGGAGGUGGCGCUCCAAUCCCGCGACGCCCUCGCCAAGCUCGCGCGGGCGCUGGACCCGCCCGCGCUGCGCGUCGCGUGCUUCCUCGGCGGCCUCCCCGUCGCCGACGAUCGCGCCGCGCUCGCGUCCGGAUGCCAGCUGUGCGUGGGAACGCCGGGGCGGGUCCGGCAGCUCCUGGAGGAGGGCUCGAUGGCGCCGGGCGGGAUCCGGACGCUGGUCAUCGACGAGGCGGACGCGCUCGUGGGAGGGGCGUUCGAACACGACGUCUUGUUCGUACACAGCAUGCUCCCCGAGCGCAAGCAGGUGAUGGCGUUCUCCGCUACGUACCCGUCGCGCACGCUGGCGAGGAUCGAGACGAUGACGCGUUCGCCGCAGAGGGUGGCGAUGUGCUCGCAGAACACCGCGGCGCUCAGGGCGGUGCGACAGCAUUACCUGCUCGUGGACGUCCCGGGGGGCGAAUGCGGGCCGAACGCCCCGUCCGACAACCGAGUCUUCGCCGCCGUAGCGUUUCACCAGGCUGUCGUCUUUUGCAGGAGCGCUGGGCGGGGCGAGGCGCUGACGAGGCGGCUCACGAGUGAAGGCUAUCCCGCCGUGUUCACCGCCGGGACGCUGCCGCAGAAGAAGCGGAUGGACGCGAUGGACGCGAUGCGUCGGUUCAGGGCGAGGGUGCUCGUGUCCACCGACCUCACCGCGCGGGGGGUGGACCUGGAGCGUGUUAACCUGGUGACGCACCUGGACGUGCCGAGGGACGCGAGCACGUACGCGCACAGGGUGGGGCGCACCGGGCGGUUCGGCACCGCCGGCCUGUCCGUCACGGUGGUGACGACGGCGGAGCUGUCCAGGCUUCGGGAGUUG